UGCUAGUGUUUCACAUCAGCAGCCAGCCGGGCUUCUAUCUCCCAGUCAGACAGACAGCGGCAGAGGCAGCACGUCCACACGGGAGAGAGACAGCAGCGCUCACGGCGCGGCAGAGGCACUGAAGACUGAACUGACACUCACACUCCCAGCCUUCUCAAAUGGAUUUAAUUAUGUUGUAGCGAUUUUUGAGUCUGGACGGUGUCCUUUUAGACCAGAAAAAAAAAAGAGACGCGCAGACUGGCUGAAUUUUUAGGUGCCUGGCUCGUCUCGACCGUUGUCAGGGAGCCACUCUCCCCACAUCGUUAGCUCGCUAAGCUAGCUAGCCCGCUAACUUAGCGGUGAUACUUUGUACCGUAUCAGCGUCAGUUUUCUGCCUCGGAGCUAGCCUGCGGUCUUUUGCGCCACGGCGGCAGAUUGACGUGACCCGUCACAACAGGAGCAUGUUUGAGUGACACGUAAAAGAGGAAGUGGGAUCCCAGAGGCUCCAGCCCUCUCUGCCGGUGGAGCGCCCUGCACAUCUGGCCAGAGGCCCUCGAGUCACUAGGACAGGAUGCGAAGGUUUGCCUACUGUAAGGUGGUUUUAGCCACCUCUCUGGUUUGGGUGAUGCUGGACAUGUUCAUUCUGCUCUACUUCAGCGAGUGCAACAAGUGCGAUGACAAAAAGGAGAGAGGACUGCCUGGGAGAGAUGAUGGCCUGUCCAGACCGCGGGACGGGCCUGGUGAAGGCGGGAAGCCGGUGGUGAUCCCUAAAGAGAACCAGGAGAAAAUGAAGGAAAUGUUUAAGAUCAACCAGUUCAACCUUAUGGCGUCUGAGAUGAUCGCGCUCAACCGCUCACUGCCUGAUGUUCGUCUGGAGGGGUGCAAGAACAAGCUAUACCCUGAUAAUCUUCCUCGCACCAGCGUGGUGAUCGUAUUUCACAAUGAGGCUUGGAGUACACUGCUGCGCACCGUCCACUCAGUUAUUGAUCGGUCUCCACACACACUGCUGGAGGAGAUUGUCCUGGUGGACGAUGCCAGCGAGAGAGAUUUCCUGAAACGGCCGCUGGAGCAGUAUGUCAGAAAGUUAGAAGUGCCUGUCAGAGUGGUGAGGAUGGAGCAGCGGUCCGGACUCAUCCGCGCUCGCCUCAAAGGGGCUUCCAUCUCUACCGGCCAGGUCAUCACCUUCCUGGAUGCUCAUUGUGAAUGCACCACAGGGUGGCUAGAGCCUCUGCUGGCCCGCAUCAAACAGGACAAGAAAACAGUUGUGUGCCCCAUCAUCGACGUCAUCAGCGACGAUACGUUCGAGUACAUGGCGGGGUCCGACAUGACAUACGGAGGCUUCAACUGGAAGCUCAACUUCCGCUGGUACCCCGUACCCCAGAGGGAGAUGGACCGCCGCAAAGGAGACCGCACGCUACCCGUCAGGACUCCCACCAUGGCAGGCGGCUUGUUCUCCAUAGACAGGGAUUAUUUUCAGGAGAUCGGCACGUAUGACGCAGGCAUGGACAUCUGGGGCGGAGAAAACCUGGAAAUCUCUUUCAGAAUCUGGCAGUGUGGAGGGACUCUGGAGAUCGUCACAUGCUCUCACGUGGGCCACGUGUUCAGAAAGGCAACGCCCUACACGUUCCCCGGAGGAACGGGGCAGAUCAUCAACAAGAACAACCGCCGCCUGGCAGAGGUCUGGAUGGAUGAGUUCAAGAACUUCUUCUACAUCAUCUCUCCUGGUGUGACCAAGGUGGACUACGGUGACAUCUCAACUCGCACCGCUCUGAGACAAAAGCUCCAGUGUAAACCCUUCAGCUGGUAUUUGGAGAACGUCUACCCUGACUCCCAGAUCCCCCGGCACUAUUACUCGCUGGGAGAGAUCCGUAACGUGGAGACCAACCAGUGCCUGGACAACAUGGCCCGCAAGGAAAAUGAGAAGGUUGGCAUUUUCAACUGCCACGGCAUGGGAGGCAACCAGGUUUUCUCCUACACAGCCAACAAGGAGAUCCGCACAGAUGACUUGUGUUUAGACGUCUCCAAGCUGAACGGACCCGUCAUGAUGCUCAAGUGUCAUCACCUUAAAGGCAACCAGCUGUGGGAAUACGAUCCUGUGAAGCUGACUCUGGUCCACGUCAACAGCAACCAGUGCCUGGACAAGGCCAGCGAGGAGGACAGCCAGGUGCCCAGUGUCAGAGACUGCACACACUCACGUUCCCAACAGUGGCUGCUGCGCAACGUCACACUACCCGAGGUCUUCUGACCGCACUCCGCACACUCCCAAACGUACACCCCCACACACACACACAGCAGCCCAGAGCGAGCGGUCAGACGAGCGGGAAUGUUUUAUUCAACUCUGGCACGAGGACAGAGACUUCCCCGGAGGGGAUUCAGGAGGACGGAUGGGACGGUACUACCUCUGCCAGAGAUCAGAGGACGGAGAGUCUUCAAGCUUCCUCAGAGCGAACAGAGAGGACUGUAGAGACUCCCUCUAAGAGACCAUAUCUGUUGUUUUACUUUUCUUUUGUUGUUUUUUUUAAUGAAGAGAUUUUAAGAGUGACUGGCUCUAGAACCGUGGAGUCGAGGUUCUGCACACAGCUUCCCCUCAGCUCAUCACUUAACGUUUACUGACUGCCUGCGAUCAGUGUGCAUGGGUGGGCGUGUGUGUGUGUGCGCACUUAUCUGUCUGUUUGACCCGAGAUGAAUGUAUGCUUUUAGAAGGGGGAGCCUGAACAUUUGAUUUUUGCUUUCCUUAAGUUCCAGUUUGUUUUUUUAUUUAAUUUUAUAACGGACAUUGAACGUGAACUCUUAUGAAGAAGGAUGCAUGUUGGGGUGUGUGUGUGUGUGUGUGUGUGUGUGUGAGAGAGAGAGAGAUUACGUCUUGUGCGUGUGGACGUGUCAAAACCCCUCCCUGCAGUCUUGCAGCAGUGUAUGUCCCCCUCUGGUGUUACAUCUCGGUAUCUCAUCUUACAGACUGAAGCAUCCAAGCUGAGGAUUUUCCAAGGGAGGGAGCGUAAUAUAAACAAACAAAAAAGAGAGAAAACUCAACCCGAUGUCUGCCAACAGCAGAAAUGUAGAGAUAUAGAAAUAUGUUUGUGAUAUCUUCAGAUUUCUAUGUCCAGUUUUUACAUGCCUUUUCUGUUUCUACUUAUGUCAGUAACUUUUAGUUUUUCUUUAAGGAUGUUCAACGUACAGCCAACGCACACGCAAAAAACACAUCAACAAGCUACUUUAUAUUUAUCUGAUACCUUCUGCCUGCUGUAGUGUUUAACCAUCAGAAACUCUCCUGCGAAACACUACAAAGCCACACACUCUCUAUAAAAGGCAGUUCGUACAGGUGCAUCGCAGUAAAUAAGAAUAUCAUAAAACAUAUUUCAGUAAUUCAGUUUCAAAAAUGAAACUCUGAUAGCGUAGAUUCGUUUACCAUGUUGACUAAAUCAAAUGUUACUUUUGAUACUUCGGGCUCACAGCUAAUAAAACCCCAAAGUCUCUGGAAAUUAAAAUAUUAUGUUGAACCAAAAAAGCAGAUUUUUACAGCAGAAUGUUUGCUUAUUGAAAAUCAUGCAUCAACGCAGCGUAGCACGGAGGCAGCCAGCCUGUGAACACUGGCAGCUCUCAUCUCACCUACGUUGGUGUUUCUCAUCUUCUUAAUAACUCUCCACAGAUUGCUUAUGACCAUGUCCUGCUGGUAAAUGAAAUAAAUCUUUUCAAUGGGAAGCAUGAUAGAUAGGCUCUAAAAGUUCCUAAUAGACAGCUGUGCUGACUUUAGACUUGGAGCAAUGGACCAACAGAUGACAGUAGAGUCCCAAAUCACUGCUGAUUGUGGAAACUUCCCAACUUGGAUUCUCAUCACUCUGGGAACCUGAUUCCUAAAUGAAAUCCAAAUUUUUAUUUAAUCUGAGAAGAGGGCUUUUUUCCACUCCUCUGAGUUUCUGAACAGCUUACGUCCUGUAGAUACUCCUCACUUUAUGAAUCGCACAAAAAAAUUAUAGGUUUUACUUCGUAGUCUUGUCAAGCCUGAGAUGUUUCUGACACAUUUUUCCUUCCACUAAACUUUCCAUUAAUAUGCUUGGAACAGUCAGCUUGUUUUUAGUAAUGAGCUUUUGUGGCAUAUCCAUAUGGAGGCUGUCAGCGUCGCUCUGCUACACAACAAUCCAGUCAGCCGUCUUCCCUAUGUUGUGGUUGGUUUGACGUAAUAUUAUAAUCUUUUGGGAAACUGAAUUUUUUGGGGGGGUUCAUUAGCUGAACACCGUAAUCAUUCAAAUAAAAAGUAAGAAUCACUGUGUGUAACAAGAUUGAGUUACUGAAAUAAAUCGACUAUUUAUUGGUGAUCUAGAUGCAAACGUUUUUCCCACAUUGACCUUUUUCAGAAAAUACACUCCAAGAGCUUUUAUUCUGCUGUGGAGUGUGUUGGAUGAAUCUGUGUAGGUAUGAAUGUGCUUCUCUUCAGUACUUCUCCCAGUUUGUCAGCUCCAUGUUUACUAGGUCAAACUUGAUUUUUGUUUUGUUUUUGGAAGAACCCAUACAGCUGAGCACGUCUCAUGUCUGCAUAUUCACUUUUGCAGCGGUCCAGCUGCUGUUAGGAUGCAUAAACAGCGUUUAUUUGGUGUUUUAGAAAAAUUAAGCAGUGAGAAAAUAACAGUGGAGCGACGAGAAUAUAUCUGACAUUAUAUCUGAAUUCAUAAUCAUGUCGUUUUUUGUUUUUUUUUCUUUUGCAAGUCUACCGGCAGUAUUUCUACAUUCAUAUUUCAGCCUCAGACAACUGAACCAUGUCAUUAUCAUUUCAACCAUCAUACUGUGUUUUUUUUUUUUGUUGUCGUUGUUUUUGUUGUGUUGUCACUCCUGCUGCUGUACGUCAGAGCUGGAGUCGUUUUGUAAAAGUUUGAAACAUUUCAGCUUCCUCCAGUGGAGGAAGGGUUUACACAAAAGAGAGAGAGAGAGAGAGGAGGCCAUCGACUGGACUUUCAUAUCUGAGCCUCAGAGUGACUGUGACGAUGUUUUUGAUAGUGAGACCGAGGGAGUGUAUCAUUUGUUCCCAUGUCAGAGGGGCGGGCGGAGAGAGCGGGGUUAAAAAGAACUGACAUGUCCAGGCUUCCACACUGAGCUGAUCCAAAUGUAGAAAAUAAAGGUGAAACGGUUUACAGAAGAA